AUGGCAACCGGCAGUACAGAAUAUCAAUUCCUGCGCCCACCAAGCGACGAAGAUUAUGCGCCAAUCUAUCGCGGUCCCUCUACCUACAACCCUUUGCACACCUUCCAAUUGCCCUCCGGCCAAGAAAGGCACUACCAACAACAAUAUGGUGAUAUGUACUUCUUGCGACUGGCCAAGUUAAAACCGGCAGUGGAGGAGAUCGCGGUAGAGACAUGGGAAGGAUUCAGCAUCGCCGGAGAGCAUGCUCGUCGCGUGGAAAGAGUGCUUGAUGUGAGACAAGGAGAGCUUUGCUGGGUUGCAGGAACGAUCUACAUGGAUAUGCCGUUAAAGCCCAAUAUUCUGGAGGAUCUGACGAAAGAGAAUUAUACAUUAGCACCCCCCCCUCGCCCGACUUACCUUGAUCCCGCCCACCCUGAAUUGACGCAGAUCAUGCUGGAAGACGAGUCCGGUCGUCUGCGAUUAACCGGAAGCAUGCUCAGAUCUACCCAAUUAGUGACAGGGGCUAUAGUUGCUGUGUUGGGAACUGAGAAUGCGAAUGGUGACUUUGAGGUGAUUGAUAUAAAGGUCCCUGACCUGCCUCGCCAACCUCUUCGGUGGGAAAGGGAUGAGUCGAAGAAAGGUACAAGCAAAGGCAAAAUUGCUUUUGUAAGCGGCCUUGGUAUCACGGGGACUUCAAGCGAUACGCUUUCGUUGGAGCUCUUGACAGACUAUCUCCUUGGCUAUACAGGUUCACCGUCGUCAAAUGAUGAUGGAAAUGCACUUCCGGAUGCCUCUGCCAUCACGAGAUUGGUUAUUGCGGGAAACUCUCUCGGUGCAAGCAUGACUGUUGACCCUAACGAGAACGCAGCUGCUUCAAAAAAGAAGAGCGGGCCAAAGAAAUAUGGAUAUGAUGCCUCGGCAUACAAUGCUUCUCCAAUCACCCAGUUCGAUAACUUCCUGGCCGAGAUUCUACCCAGUAUACCUGUUACGCUCAUGGCAGGUGCAAGCGACCCAGCAAACUUCGCACUUCCUCAGCAGGGAAUUCAUCGGGCUAUGUUCCCACGAUCCCGGGCAUAUUGUUCCGGACCACCAUCUGCAGGAGAAACUCCAGAGGCAGGAUGGUUUGAUAGCGUCACAAACCCAUGGGAAGGUGACGUAGACGGAUGGCGUUUGUGGGGUUCGAGCGGCCAGAAUGUCGAUGACGUUCUUCGCUAUGUAGACUUCGCAAAUACCAAAGGAAAUAUUGACGCUGAUGGGGAUGCUGAGGCCAGAUUGAAAAUCAUGGAGGCCAUGUUGCGUUGGAGGUGUGGUGUCCCUACCGCACCUGAUACAAUCUGGUCCUAUCCAUUCCAAACACACGAUCCUUUCGUGAUGCAGGCUUGUCCGCAUAUCUUCUUCGCUGGAAAUCAGCCGCAAUUCAAGACCACAGUAAUUGAAGGCGACGCCCCUUUGAAACUAAACGGCGCAGACACCGAAAUGACAGGCACGGACGACAGCACAUCCGGGCCACGGGUCCGUCUCUUAUCCAUCCCCACAUUUAAGGAAACCGGCGAACUUGUGCUAGUCGACUCAGAGACUUUAGAAGCCGAAGUGGUCAAAUUCGACACCUACGCCGGACAGCAGGACAAGCAAUGA